GGUAUGUACCAUUUUGAUCAUUUUCUCAAAUUAAAACAUGGCCAAAAUCUGAAAAUCCCAAAACCUCAAUCCCAGACCAUGGUUCGCAACUUCGCAUGGUUCUGUACUGUAUCGGCAAAAGUGCCAAACCUCCAUAUCCCAAACCAGCGAUUUACAACAGUAGCACGCAGCGUCGGCAGCGACGGAGCGACCCAUCGAGUCUCCAUCAAUCGUGAGCAAUCGCACCGUCGGACGGCGCUCAGCACUAGGACAGUCGGACGGCGGGUCACGGCGCACGGCGGUUUAGUUUCUUCCUUGCGGACCUGCCUAAGUCCUAACUCCUAACAGAUUCUUUUUGCUUGACUCACUUUUCCUUCAUCAAUUCAAGUACUAAGUUUCAAGUUUUACUACGUAAUGGGGGUGUCAUCGCCAUUGACCAAGAUAGGAUCUUGCUAAACGUAUGCAGCUUAGCAAUGCCAUAAUUUGUACAAUAUGACUUAUAUUUUGUAGUUAACUUUUAGAUAGAUUGUUAUUCUGUGAGAAUGACAAGUAAUGUAACAUGUAGAAUUUUUGUUUUUUAAAAUAAACAAAACUGAAGCUCGCGAGCAAGUCCUUAAAACCCUAUCUAGUUGAAUACCACAGUCUAGUGCGUUCUUUUCAUCCAGAAAUGGCAUCUAUGGUAUCAGAAACAGUUCCCAAGUUCACCGCUGAUGCCCUCCGCACAGCAGCAAAGCAAUCUGAAGCCUGCAGGAUAGUUCCCCUUGGGCUUCGUCGAGCUAUCAAAAAAUACAUUCGAGAACAAGAAGACCCGCAUAUGAAGAGAAAGGUGUUGAGGUUAUCUGAGUCGUUCAGCCACAUAAAGGAGGCGAAUCUGCUGCUCCCCACUACAACUGCGAAAGAGAUCAUGCAAGAUCCCCUCCAUUCCAUGGGAUGCUCCAAGCGAUGGAAAGUCCAAAGUGCGUAUGGUGAUAUUGGCCUCAAGUAUCAAGAAGAUGAGACCUUAGCUUAUGUGGCUUCUAGGAUGCCUGCUGUUUACUCUGCUCUGUAUAGAGUUCUCAGUGAGGUCAGGAGAAGGGUACCUAAUUUUUCUCCAGCUAAGGUGUUGGAUUUUGGUGCAGGGACUGGUUCUGCUUUCUGGGCAACAAGAGAGGUGUGGCCAAAGUCGUUGCAGAAGGUAAAUUUAGUUGAGCCAUCACAGUCUAUGCAACGUGCAGGGCAAGGGCUUACAAGAGGUCUAAAAAAUUUGCCACUUAUUCAAAGCUACAGCAGUCUUCAGGCAUUAACUCAGAAUAUUAAGAAGUCUAAUCGACAACACGAUCUUGUAAUCGCUUCAUAUGUGCUAGGUGAAAUACCAUCCUUGAAGGACAGAAUCAGCAUUGUCCGCCAGCUUUGGGGCCUUACUGCAGAUAUUCUGGUCUUAGUUGAACCAGGAACACCACGGGGAUCUAAUAUCAUAUCUCAAAUGAGAUCUCAUAUUUUAUGGAUGGAAAGAAGGAGAUGCCGCAAAUUAGAGAAGUUAUCUGACAGACAUAGUAAGGCCUUGACGACACUCAAAUGCGGCGCAUUUAUUGUAGCACCUUGCCCACAUGAUGGUGCUUGUCCUUUGAGUAAAACGGGAAAAUACUGUCAUUUUGUUCAAAGGUUGGAGAGGACUACAUCACAGCGUACUGUCAAGCGGUCCAAUGGUGCAUCUCUGCGUGGAUUUGAAGAUGAGAAAUUUUCUUAUAUUGUUUUUAGACGUGGACAACGACCGAGAGAUGCUUGGCCACUUGAUGGAAUGAAGUUUGAAACAUUGAAGGAGCAACAUGCUAGAAGAAAUCCAGAGGAUCUAGAGAUUGACUAUGAGGACCAAUUCCCUUCUGAAAAUGAGGAUGACCUCAAUGAACAAGAGAAUCCUAUUUCUUAUAAUUCUGAUGAUACAGAAUCAGACACCAUUACAGUUGAUGAUGGGGAGUGGGAGGAGGAAGAAGAAGCCACCGCGGAUCUAGGUACUGGUUGGGGAAGAAUAAUUUAUUCUCCGAUCCGAAGAGGGAAGCUGGUUGAAAUGGACGUUUGUAGGGCAACCAACGUUGAAGGCACACAAGGCUCUUUUGAUCGGAUUAUUGUUACCAAAAGCAAGAAUCCUACUCUGCAUCGUCAAGCUAGAAGAUCCCUUUGGGGAGACCUUUGGCCCUUUUGAAACUCUACUAAGUCAAUAAUAUUACUCUGUAGCCGGUCAGGGAGUCCGUGCCGACAGUUUCAUUUUGAUCAGUCUAGUCAACGUUUUCCAUAUGGACGAUAGAUUGACAGUGAGUCUUAAAACUAGAUACCAUUUGAAGAUGCCGUGGUUUUUAAAUAUGCGUGAAUGCGUGGUUUUUAAAGACAGAGUCUUAAAACUAGAUACCAUUUAACACAAAAUACUAUCAAGAAAUUUGUAAAAACAACUGAUAAAAGAAUACUAUAUACGAAGUGAAGCCUUUGGGAAUAAAAAUCAAUUUCUUUUUUCU